AUGUCAAACCGUGUUUCAGAUCCAGCUACCCCUGUUUCAGAUGUUGUCCGAACCCCCAUUGAAGCUAAGCCUGAAUACGCCUCAGAUGUGUACAAGAUAUACAGGGCGCUGUCCAAGCGUUCUCUUUCCUUUGCCUUUCCCGUCUUUGAUCGACUAUACUCGCCACUAUCGACAACGGAAGGGCAGUACACACCAUUCCCCCUGCCCGGCUCGAGCACUGCAGCGGUGUCCACUCCGGCCGAACAGGCCUCACACCGCAAUACCGCUUACGAGUCGGGAGCCGUCGCUCAUCCAGUCGAUGCGUACUCGUCGCCACCUCAGCCUCCUCCAAUCGAGGCUUCCACCCAGCAGUCCGAACAGUAUACUGCAGUACCAUACUCACACCUCCCUCCGCCACCCACAGAUCCACACCUAUCCUAUACGGUCCCUACGCGUCCGACGCAGUACAACGCCCCGUCCCAGCCCCACCACCCUACCUACCCAUCCAAGGAGAUGGGCUAUGGGUACCAGCCGAGCCCGUACACUGGGACUAUGACGCAGACACACGAUAAUGGGAAGAUCGUUGGAGGUCCGACGGCUGGGGUCAACACGAGGCAUGCCCUGAUGGCAAUCCACUUCGUCCUGACGGUCCUCAUCGUCGCUCUCACGGGUUACUUCCUCGAAGACCUCCUACUCCUCUGCGUUGAGGGCGCCCUGGUCCUCUCCUUCCUCGUCUAUAUCCCGGCAGCUUUCGGUCUGACCGUCGCAAGGCGGAGAAACCACUUUGAUCAUGCGGGCGGGAAGGUAGCCUACUUGGUCGUGCAGCAGUUUGGAUAUCUCGUCAUCGGGAUCAUCAACGUCCUCUACGUCACCCUCACCGAAUGCAGCGCCCGACGCCGCGUCUACCGAGAGGGCAGCUACAGUUGGGUUAACGUCUACCUAUCUCUCUGUCGGUGGGCCACUGUCGUCCUCGGUCUGAGCUUCACGCAUGUGCUCUUUCUGAUGGGAUGGAUGAUAUGGGUGAUCGUGGUGGUGUACAGGCGGAGUCCAGCGGAUCCUAAUCGGGGAUUCCAGAUCAGCACGGGGUGGUUAUUGCGAGGAUGGCGGGCAUGA